UUAGGAGAACACAAGUCAAAAAAAAAAUGUCAUGAUGAAAAAAUUCAAAAAACGGAACAAUUAAACGAGUUAAAGAAAGAAAAGGAAAAGUUGGAAAAUGAUUUGUCUAAAGUUAAAAAUAAAAGCGAUUCAGAAAAAAUUAUAAAGAAGUUAGAAGAACAAAUGAAGAAACUGAGGAGAGAAAUGUUGUUUCAUUUCCGGUCUUGUUGCGAAGAAAUGGAAAAAAUUCAAAAAAAAAAAAGAACCUGCUCGGGUUGUCGGAAAGUGGAGAACGAAAAAAAGCUCAAAAAUCCUCUUCGUCACGUUUGCUUAGUAAAUAAGGCAAUUGAUAAACCCCAACUUAUUCUUUUAACAAGAAACCUGGUUUGCAGGUAUGAUAACAAAGAUAAUUUUGCUUCUUUUUUUGAUGAUAAAAGAAAAAAAAUAAAGAAGAAAAUGCUAAGAGGCAAAGGUAAAGAGAUUUCUGAUAUUAAGUUUUAUUCAAGCUGGAAAAUAGUUGGAGUGAGCAAGGCAUUAGAAAAUACCCAGAAAGAAGAAUAA